AUGAUUGUGUUUGAAGCCUAUGUUACCCCAAGUCCAUCAAUAACCACCAGUGCAAUUACUGUACCAACAACCUCCAGUACAAGUACUUUGCCAACAACCCCAGGAUCUACUGCUACCCCUUACUGUGAGCCACUCAAGUCUUCACUGUGCUCAAACUUUGGCUAUACUAAAACUACCUUUCCAAAUCUUUGGGGAGACAAGAGUGCUGAAGAGGCUAACAAAACAUACUACAGUGUUGCAGAAAGAUCAGUGUCAUCAGGGUGCUCACCCAACAUAUUGUUCUAUGUGUGCAGUGCACUUUUUCCAUCUUGUGAAGGAGACGGGGAAGUCAAGUUUCCUUGUACUUCAUUCUGUGCAGAAGUGAAUGAAAGCUGCCCAUUGUUGUUUCACCAGAACUGUGAUCGCAUUUCUGACCCAAGACUUGACCACUGCGUAAAGCCACCACCCAAAAUUACAUGCCAAGCCACUGAAUUUGCAUGCAUCAACAUCAAUAAAUGUGUACCUAAGAGUGCUGUGUGCAACAAGGUUAAUGAUUGUGGUGACUGGUCUGAUGAAAGACAGUGUGACUGCCACCCUGAGUUUGAGAUUCAGUGUGCUAUGGGACUGUGCGUGCCUAGUUACUACAGAUGUGAUCAGCAGGUUCAGUGUCCUGACAGCAGUGAUGAGGUUGGCUGUGAAUGUGAGAAGAACCAAUAUAAAUGUGAAGGUGGACCAUGUAUUAUGCCAGAAUGGCUCUGUGAUGGACAAAAAGACUGCCCUAAAGAGGACGAUGAAGGCUACUGUCACAACUGUUCGGUGGACCAGUUCAUGUGUGUGGACUUCUCUUGUAUUCCAAGUGCUGAAGAGUGUGAUGGAAUUCCUCAGUGUGCUGAUCACACUGAUGAGAUGAACUGCAUUUUCAAGACCGAACCAAACUCUGCCUUUUUCAUCAAGUCUGAUGGUGAUGUUAUAGAAGUAUGCACAGAUGGUUUCACAGAUGCACAUGGAGACACUGCUUGUCUGAAAAUGGGAGAAAUAUCCCUAAAAAACUGGACAAGUGUGGCAGGUCAUGGUCCGAGUUUUUUCCAGUUAGAUCCAAAUGGAGACCACAUGUCUGUAAUCGGCAAAGGAAAGAGUGUCAAAAGGUGUUCAGGGAACGUUGUGGCCGUUGAGUGCAACACUAAAGAGUGCGGUCAUCCAUUAGAAAACUUGCCAUCCUUCAUUAUCAACGGUCAAGAUGCACUGCCUGGAGCAUGGCCCUGGUUGGUCUCUGUGCGCAAAUAUACCCUGCAUCAGUGUGGUGGAGCCAUUAUACACCCAUACUUCAUUCUCACUGCUGCACAUUGCAUUGAGUCUAGCAUGGACUUCACACACAUGUGGAUCGCAGCUGGCACUUUAAGAUUGUCUCAACUGGGACCUCAUGGACAGAUGAAGAAAAUCCGGCGUGUCAUCACAUACCCAGGAUACAAGCAGUUGGAGGGAAAUGAUAUAGCCCUGCUGGAGCUAGCUGAACCCUUGAAGUACAAUGACUACAUUAAACCCUUGUGCUUUCCAGAGAAAGGGGAUGUGUUUACCAGAGCCAACCGCUGCUACAUUGCUGGCUGGGGGCACACAAAAGGUGUUCAAGGAGAAACUUCAGAACACCAGCAAGAGACAAAACUGACAUUGUGGGAUACAACAAAAUGCAACAGCAGCUUUGUGUGGAAUGGUCGUGUACAGCAGAGUGAAAUGUGUGCAGGAUAUUUUAAUGGUCUUGUGGCUGCUUGCUCAGGUGACAGUGGCAGUCCAGUUGCCUGUCAGGAUGAAACAAAGACUUGGAAAGUUGUUGGUGUGGCCAGUUAUGUUUACAAAACAUGCAGUGUGGCCACCAAGCCUCUAGUGUUCACUGAUACCAGCCUGUACAUUGAUUGGAUCAAUAAUCACACAGUAUGCCAGUUUACUUGUGGUGAUGGAAUAUGCCUGUUUGACAAGAAAAUGCUGUGCGACACUGUGGCUGACUGCAAAGACAAAAGUGAUGAAAUUGAUCUUUGUGAUGUCUCAGCAAACUGCAGUUUCACAGAAAAAUUUGUAUGUGGAUAUCAGUCUAAAUGGCAGUUGACCUCAAGUCGGGGGACUGAUUCUGACAAUCGCUUUCCAUUAUUUGAUCACACCAUUGGCAAUUUUCGAGGAAUGUAUUUGCUUGGAAACAGUCGAGGGGAUGACCUCAUAAGCCCACGCAUUGAUAUCAAUACUUCCCAUUGCAUGCGGUUCCAUUAUCACAUGAGGGGAAGAGUAGAUCAAGGAAUGGCCGUGUCUGCUCACAGUCUGGACCGUAAGCAAUGGAAUACUGUAUGGAAUGUAGAACAGACCAUAGGUCCUGAUCGCUGGUUAAUGGGAAUGUUCGACCUGGCACCUGGUAAUUAUGAUGUUGUUUUCCGCCCCCAUGACAAUCGUCGAUUUGCUUUAGAUGACAUGUGGCUCAUUGAAGGAAAAUGUGAAAAAUUGGACUGCUUUCCUGGUGAAUUCAUGUGUCUAACUUUUGAAGCCAAGAACUGUCUCCCCGUUGCUUCAAGGUGUAACAUUGUCGUCGAUUGUGAUAACGGUGAAGAUGAGGCUGAUUGUGCAGCACCAGCAGUCUACACAUGUGACUUUGAGAAUGGCAACAUUUGUUCUCUAGAGCAGCACACUGACGACACAACUAUCAGUGAAUGGAUCAUGACCAACUCCAGCAACACACCAUACCAUAUGCCAGAUCACACAUUUGGAAAUGCUUCAGGCACUCUUUUGAAGGUCAAAACAGAGGCGUUACUUCCAAGGGACCAAAUUUUUAUGUCUCAGCAGCUAAACCUCAGAAACAUGGAACAUUGCCUCCAAUUCUUUUAUGCAUUAACUUCUCCUGUCACACUACAGAUAACACUGGAAUGGGAAAAUAAGCUCAAGAAUUUAAUCAAGAUGACAAACCGCAGGACUAAUGGUUGGCUUGCAACACAAGCUACCCUGCCUGCUAUUGGUCAGACAAAGUUUGCCACAUUAACAUAUGCUGUGAUUGGUGGGACUCUGGGACAUUGGGUUGAGGAGCAAGCAAUUAUGCUCGAUGAUAUUACCAUAACACCUGGCAGCUGUCCACCUUUCAUUUGUCCUGCUGGUUUUCUGCUGUGUGAGGAUGAAGCUUACUGUGUGAGUCAGGACAAGAUCUGUGACAGACAGAUAGAUUGCAGCAGAAGUACUGACGAAAACCAUUGUGAAUGCACUGAGUCAGAGUUCAAAUGCCCUAAUGGUCCAUGUAUUCCUAAGGAGAAGAUGUGUGACUUGACUAGGCAUUGUCCUGAUGGAAGUGAUGAAGGCACAAUUUGUGAUGUGAAAAACUCUGUAAGCUGUGACUUUGAGGAUGCAUUUUUGUGUGGAUAUAAAGUGAAUACAUCACAAACUGUUUUUCACUGGGCACAUGCUAGAGGCAAAACUGGAGAUGCAUACACUGGGCCCAGCUCUGACCACACAUCCAUUGUUAAUGACAUGUUGAAUGGUCACUAUGUUAUUGCCGACAGUCAGCUUCAUGGCAACUACUCAUCACUGGAGUCCAUCCCUUUUGUUUCAACUGGAACUGGGCUUGAAUUUUAUUACCACGCCUGGUAUUUUCUGACGUCUGAACUGAUGACAGGGCGACUUUUACUGAUUGUCACAUUCAAGGAUAACGGAACUCAGAUUCAACUUUGGUCUGCUGAACCAAAUAAUCAAGAUGUUUGGAAAUUUGUGUGUCUGGACUUACCUCUUGGAAACAUCAGUAUCUCAUUCGUUGCUCAUCGUGGCUCAAGUUUUCGUGCUAACAUUGCAGUAGAUGAUAUCCUACUCUUGGAUACCAACUGUAGCAACUCUCAUACUG